UAAAGUGUGUGGUAGAGACAGUAGAGACUUUUAUGAUCACCUAUAUCCAGCCCUUCUCUUUCCAGGCUCUUGAGAAGAUUACACUUCCCCUCCCACCUUGGCUUCUUUGUUUCCCCAACCCUAGUAUUCCUCUGGCCUGGAUCAAGGAGUAGCUUCUGUUCUCACCCUAUAGAAUUUACCUGGGUAUGAUAAAAUCUACUCACAUGAAUGCAGUUAGCAUCUAAACAGAGACUCCACACCUCUAGAUUUAGUAUUUUUUUGUUUGUUUUCUAUGUUUGUGUAUUUAGUUUAUUAUUAUUUAUAUACUGCCUUCCCUCCCCUUGUGCCGUAUAUUUUCUUGUGCCUUUCCUUCCUCACUCCCUCAGAGCCUUCAAUGGUGUUUAUUGAUGUCCAAUUUUUCAAAGUGUUUUGUUACAUUAUCUAAUUGUCUGCUAUAAAAAUGUCAGUAUUUGUUUUUAUCACUUUUUUAGUACACUAACUUCUCUCAAACUCCUUUCAUUUUGUUGAAAAUGGCUGCAUUUCAGCCUUACUUACGGCUAUGUAGUACUCCAUAGUGUGGAUAUACAUCUUUUUCAUCUAAUUGUCUGUCAGUAGAUUUUUAACUGCUUCCAUGCCAUAGUUACGGUGAACAUUGUAGAACAUCUGGAUUUUUGUGUGUAUGGUUUCAUGGUAUUUGGAAAUAUGCCCAGGAGUGGGAUUGCUGGGUUAUAGGGUAUUCCCAUUUUCAGUUUUUUAAAGGUAAAUCGAGAUUGCUUUCCAUAAUGGUUGUACCAGUUGACAUUCCUAAGGUUGAACAAUAUAAUAGGGUUCCUUUUUCCUCUGUAUGCUCUCGAACACUUGUUGGGGGUCUUAAUAUAUGCCAUUUUCAUGGAUGUGAGGUGGUAUCUUUUGUGGUUUUAACCUGACUUUUUCUUACAGAAGUGACAAUGAAUAUUUUUUCCUACGUCUGUCUUCUGGAUCGCCUAGGCAUGACUGCUAUCUUCCUGAUGUCUGUGCUGCUUGGCGUUGCCUGUGGCCAAGCAAUGUCUUUCUGCAUUCCAACUGAGUAUAUUAUGCAUGUCGAGAGGAAGGAGUGUGCUUACUGCCUGAGCAUCAAUACCACCAUCUGUGCUGGGUAUUGCAUGACACGGGAUAUCAACGGCAAGCUGUUUCUUCCCAAAUAUGCUUUGUCCCAGGAUGUUUGUACAUAUAGAGACUUCAUAUACAAGACUAUAGAAAUACCUGGGUGUCCACACCAUGUUACUCCUUAUUUCUCCUACCCUGUAGCUGUAAGCUGUAAGUGUGGCAAGUGUAAUACUGACUAUAGUGACUGUAUUCAUGAGGCCAUCAAGACAAACUACUGUACUAAACCUCCGAAGUCUUACAUGGUGGAAUUCUCUAUCUAAUGUCAAUAGCAAUGUAAUCUGUAAUUUGGCUACAUGUGUUUCUCUGGAAUAAAACUAAUAAAAUGUCAAUAUAUUUCAGAAAACCCGUGUACAUUUUGAGUACUAUCAUCUAUACCCAUACUUAUACAUGCAUUAGAGAACUUAAAAGCUUUAGAAGAGAAGGUGAGUGAAAGAGUAUUUUAAAUUCAUGUGAGGGAUAGUAUCCACAUGAUAGGGGAGAGUGCAGGAAAAUUGGAGAACAGGGACAUAAAAUACUAACAAAAGCUAGCCUUGAGCAGGCUCUCUUGACAGAUGACCACGAAGUUUGUCUUGACCUGGAAAAUGAAUCUGGGAAUGCCAGAGUUAUAGGGGAAUGGUGACGUGAUCAAAAGCUGAAGAACAACUGGCAUCAGGACACAGGAGACACCUACUUCCAAAGGCUAGAAGUAGGACUAGAGCAGAGGUGGACAGUGAGGGAUAUUUGAACUCU